GGAUUAUUUUGAUCAAUGAGCAAAUGAGCAAAACGCGUAAAACGUAAAUAAAUAUCGCGAAGAAAUGCCUUGAAAAAGCUAAAAAAUUACCAAGGUACGUGUGGUUACAUAAAUGUGGUUUUUACGCUCUUUAUAAAAUGGCACUGUUUAUGAAGCAAGACUUCAGUCCUCCUAUACUUUCUAGGAAAUGGAUUGCAAUGAAAUUCAGGCCUAAUAUGCUAAUAUACAGCAGGGAAAACAUAAUCGCAAUCCUGGAAAGUGGUCUCUUAUUCCGGGAAGACAGUAUUGAAGUGGAACAGGAGUCUCCUGACGCUGCAACCGCAUGGCGACAUGCUGGAGGCACCAGGGGAGGCUGGUUCACUGCUGGAGAACGGAACAUUGCCCUGAUGGCCACUGUGGCCCUUUUGCUGGCUUCACCCCCAAGAAAUCUCCAGCGCUGGUCGCUGCUAAAGCUGGCGACGUACGCGCUAGUGCCGGUCGCGGCGCGCGCGACGCAUCGGUCGCGCUGUCGCGGCUCGCUGCGCACACUACUGUCGCUGAUGCGCGACUAUAUGUCGCUGGCGCGUCGCGCGACCGCCUGUUGCCGAGAAUAUGCAGCUUUGCACGCCAGACUUGAGUCAGUGACGUCAGCAGUAGAGUCCACACACACGAUGCUGUGUAGACAGCAGACGGAACUGCUGAUCCUCAUGGCCAGGGCGUCAUCAGCGCUGCUGGGCAAUGUACCCUGGCUGCGCGGUGACGUCACCUACGACUGCCAGACCGACAACCUCAUGAAAAUCCACCACGCGUUUCUAGUCGUUCAGUCGACACUAUUAAAACAUAUAGCAUUAGCACAUCACAUGCCAACAGCACACACUCUCAAGCAACUAUACAAAAACCACAACGAACGCAUAUACUGGAUCCACAAUGUACUCAUACGUCACUUGAUCCAGGAGUUUAAAGAAAACUAUGAGUCUCUGGAACGAAUGUAUAGGUUAUUAAAAAAUUACGGCACCAAAGACAGCGAUUCUGCACUUAAAAAACCAGGUUCAGCCAUCAAUGAUACUUGGUUAUACUCAGAUGUACACACGGGAAUAGCUAGAUCGAGUUUAGAACUUAAACUGGCGUUAGACAAAUGCAGUAAUCUAGAUAUGUUCUUAGAUUCAUGUGCCAUAAACAAACAAGAGUUAGAUUUGGACAUUUUAGAUAGGGACAUCGAUGAAAUCAUCGAGGGCAUCACGAAAUGCUUGACAACUGUACAAAGUUCUCAAAUAAGGCUCAAGAAAAUGCUCAAUAAAGUUAGCGUUAAAGAAGAUAAUACGCAGAAGGAUGAAGAAGAACCAGUAGCGUCUGUUAUCAAAAUAGAAGAUAAGGACCCCGAAAUUAGAGAUGAAGUAUUCUAUUGCGUGAAAACAGAUGACGAAAUUAUCACUUCACCUGUUGGAGAUAUAAUCACAGGUCCAGGUAAGAAAGAGAAGGAGAAUUCCAAGGUUGUGCUAACAGAACUGAAGAGGAAGCUGGUUAAAAGAGAAGAUUUAAUGAGGGAAAGAGAAAGACAGGCUUUAGCGAAAACGAUGCCCGAACUGCGAAAUAUACCCGAAUUCCCUCGACAGAUCCCUGAAGAGUUUGCCGAAAGAAAAGGUCUUAUAUCGAAAUUGGAAAGGAAAAAGAAGCCAAUCAAGCUAUUCAAGCAAUACCACAUAGUAAAGCAUGUUAGAUGGCGAAAGAAAUAUGACGACUUUAAAGUUAGAAUUCAAAAAUACGAAAGUGAUAGCGAGUUGCCAUGUGAUGUUGUUGAGGCGAACACAUUAAAAUUGUUCAAAAACAGGAAUAUAUCAAACGUUUUCUUAUCAAUAAUCAAAGUUAAGUUCGGUUACUUCAUUGCUAUAUGGCGAAAAUCUUCAGAGCCUAUAAGAAAAGAGUUAUAUUUAUCCAGUGAAAUUUCUAAUGGCUCAAGUGAGGCGGAAGAUAGCCCUGAAAACAACAAUACAAGUGAAAAUCAUAAUAUUAAUAGACAGAAGAAAAUAAGUCACUUAAACGACUUCAAGUUUUCCAAAAAAGAUUUGGAACUGUCGCCGUCUUCUUCAGAGUCAGAUUUUGAAAAUUUGCAUAAUGAAAGAGUCGCUUUAUUGGAUGAUAUAAGGCGCCAUAGAGUCGCGAGGAAAAAGAACUUUCCCGCCAGAAGAGCCUCCAUAGAUAAUGUAGAUGAAAGUCUCAAGCCCAUAGAGUAUAGUUUCGGAACUGGAAUGGCUAUGGCUUCGGUGUUGCAAGUUAAUAACAAAGCGAAAUUGCCUAAUAUGUUGCAAGAAGAAGUUUUUAUGGGCGACGGAGAAGUUUCUAAUGACAGUGGGAACGAUGAAGAUGCCUAGGAAUAAUAGACAAGAUUUUGCCCGCCAUAGAGUAGCUAUAGACAUUUCAGUCAAAAUUGACAGCAAAUGAUGAA